CCACGUGACCUGGCCGGCUGAGCGCGCACACGGGGGCCCGCGCUGGAGGCGGGCGAGGGCCGACCGGCCAGCAAGGGGUCUCGGGCUUGGGAAGGGCGGGGCCACGCCACAGGCCCGCCCCCAUCAUCAGCUGCCUACGCGCGCCAAAGUCAAACCUCCACACCCGCCGGCGGGCCGGUGAGCUCACUAGAGGACCGGGCAAGUCAGGAUCUGUCUCAGCGGCGCCGCGAGCUCCAGCGCGCGCAUCUGUGGCUGCCCCCCUGGUCUCUCUGCCCGACUUUCUCCAGGCCGACACAAGACUAGGAAUGGCCACCCCGCCCAAGAGAAGCUGCCCGUCUCUCUCAGCCAGCUCUCAGGGGACCCGCAUCAAGAAAAUCUCCAUCGAAGGGAACAUCGCUUCAGGGAAGUCAACAUUUGUAAAUAUCCUGAAAAAAGUGUGUGAAGAUUGGGAAGUGGUUCCUGAACCUGUUGCUAAAUGGUGCAGUGUCCAUAGUACUCAAGAUGAAUUUGAGGAACUUACAACGUCUCAGAAAAAUGGUGGGAAUGUUCUUCAGAUGAUGUAUGAGAAACCAGAACGAUGGUCUUUUACCUUCCAAACAUAUGCCUGUCUCAGUCGAAUAAGAGCUCAGCUUGCCUCUCUCAAUGGCAAGCUCAAAGAUGCAGAGAAACCGGUAUUAUUUUUUGAACGAUCUGUGUAUAGUGACAGGUAUAUUUUUGCAUCUAAUUUGUAUGAAUCUGAAUGCAUGAAUGAAACAGAGUGGACAAUUUAUCAAGACUGGCAUGACUGGAUGAAUAACCAGCUUGGCCAAAGCCUUGAAUUGGAUGGAAUCAUUUAUCUUCAAGCCACUCCAGAGACAUGCUUACAUAGAAUGUAUUUACGGGGAAGAAAUGAAGAGCAAGGCAUUCCUCUUGAAUAUUUAGAGAAGCUUCAUCAUAAACAUGAAAGCUGGCUCCUGCAUAGGACACUGAAAACCAACUUCAAUUAUCUUCAAGAGGUGCCUAUCCUAACACUGGAUGUUAAUGAAGACUUUAAAGACAAACAUGAAAAUCUGGUUGAAAAGGUCAAAGAAUUUUUGAGUACUUUGUGAUCUUGCUGAAGACUGCAGGCAGCCAAAUGGUUCCAGACCCUUCAGCUUUGUGUGUCUUCCUAACUUCAUAUUAAUACAAGUUUGUUUAGAAAACCCAAGUUUUUAACCAUCUUCGUUCUAAGGAAAACAAAAAGAUUUUUAAAAUGAAUCUUAUGGAAAGCUUUUUGACCAGUUUUUUUUUCUUUUCUUAAAAAAAAAAAAAAAAAAGACAUUUAAAGACAAAUACAUUAUUUCUCAUAGCAGGAAGUGUAGGGAUAGAUGGUUCCAGAAUCAGUUUAGUGGCUAAACUACAUUAUAAAAGAUCCAGCUUCCUUCUGUCUUGCCACUCUUUUGUCUUCCUUGGCAGGUUAGCUUUUUUCCCUGGUGCGUCUCACCUCACUGGUAACCAGUUUCUUAACUGAAAGCUUUAAUGUUACACAGUAAUUGGUAGUGUGCCCUGUGUAAAUUAGUGUACCUAUUAAAAGUUGCAAAGUGGAAUUAAAGGAAUCCCUAGAAUAAGGAUUCUAAAGUUUUAUUUUAAAUGAUUAUUUCUUAGCAGUUUAGCCCACCUCUUAUUUCCUGCCUCAGUUUGCUUUCUCUACUGUCUGGAUUAAUUAGGUAGCCUGCUAUUUCAAAGUUAAAAUAAAAGUCACACAUUUCUACUUUGCAAACACUGUGUUACUGUUUGCUUUCUAGUUUGCUUUCCUUUGUAGGGUUCUGCUUUAAGUUUUUUCCCUUUUUCAGAGAAAUUACUGAUAAAAAAUGAUCCUGCUUUAUAUAUAGUAUAUCCUGAAAGCAUUAUUGUUUUUUGUUGAACUAGGAAAUAAAAUUAAUGAAGACAGAGGUUAGUAGUUAAUUGAGUCAUUUAACUACUUAUUUGUAAACCAUCUAUGCGAACAUUUGUAAAAACUUGCAUGGAUUCAUCUUAGUUCUGUAUAUAAAGAUACUUUCUUUCUAGUUUGUUUAGUUAAGGUGUGCAGUUUUUCCUGUGUACUAAACCUUUCCAUUUUACAUUUUAGAAAAUUUUAUGCAUUUUAAAAUGAGGGAAGAGUCACUUUCACUUUGAAACAAUUAUUUUUCUUCCUAAAAUGUCAUUUUUGUUUUUGGUUUUUUAUUCAAAAUGAUAAUUUAGUGGAUUAACCAGUCCAGAUGCACUGAUCUUUGCAAAGGGGACUUAAUUUCAAAUCUGUAAUUACCGUACAUAUUUGAACUGUCUCAUGAUAGGUAUACAUUUUUUUUUGUUUGGUAUAAAUGAAUGUGUCUACUUAAUUAAAUAUUUCUUAAGUAUAAACCUCAUGUACUACAGUGUACCUGUUUUCAUGGAAAUUGUUACAUCUUUUCAGAAUUAAAAUUUAUUCUACUUUUAAAGAAAAAAAUAUGAAUAUUAAAGGUGAAAAUUGUCUGUACAAAUUACAUUGAUUCUAUUUUAAGUGUAGACAUAUUUCAGUGAUUUUUAUUAACCUUUAAAAAUGUGUAAUGACUUUAAAAAUUUGUAGAAUUGAAAAGAAGCUAAUAAAAAUUUAUUAUUUAUUUGUCAUGACUCAAAA